UCAUCAGUCUUAAUUUUUUUUAUUAACCCCUCCCUACCUCCCUCCCUCCCUCAUCUUUACUCAUUCAUCAUCAUGGUCCGUGAAACCAAAUUCUACGAUGUCCUUGGCGUCUCCCCUGACGUUAGCGAAGGUGAACUCAAGAAGGCCUACCGCAAGCUUGCCUUGAAGUACCAUCCUGACAAGAACCCCGGAGCUGGUGAUAAGUUCAAGGAGAUCUCUCACGCAUACGAGAUUCUCUCAGACGGCGAGAAGCGUCAGAUGUACGACCAGUAUGGUGAAGAGGGUCUCAAUGGCCAGGGUGCAGGUAUGGGCGGUAUGGAUGCCGAAGACCUGUUCUCCCAGCUGUUUGGUGGCGGUAUAUUUGGUGGUGGCGGAGGCCAUGGCGGUCGUGGUGGCCGUCCCUCAGGCCCCCGUCGCGGAAAGGACAUGGUUCACCAACUCAAGGUCAGCCUUGAAGACCUUUAUGCAGGCAAGUCCUCCAAGCUUGCUCUCCAGAAGCACAUCCUUUGCCCCAAGUGUGACGGCAAGGGCGGCAAGGAAGGCGCAGUCCAGACCUGUCGCAGCUGUAAUGGUAAUGGUGUUCGCAUCGUCAUGCGCCAGAUGGGCCCAAUGAUCCAGCAGAUGCAGCAACCUUGUGGUGAUUGCCGUGGCGAGGGUGAAAUUGUCAACGAGCGCGACCGUUGCAAGCACUGUGUCGGCAAGAAGAUCAUCAGCGAACGCAAGAUCCUCGAAGUUCACAUCGACAAGGGUAUGCGUGACGGACAGAAGAUCACCUUCCAGGGAGAGGGUGACCAGGCCCCCAAUGUCAUUCCCGGUGAUAUCCUGAUCGCCAUUGACGAAAAGCCCCAUCCCCGCUUCAAGCGUCAGGGCGACGAUCUGGUCUACGAGGCCCGCAUCGAUCUCUUGACCGCCCUGGCCGGUGGUCAGUUUGCCAUCUCCCACCUCGACGACCGUGUCCUCUUGGUCAAUGUUUUGCCAGGAGAGGCCAUCAAGCCUGAUUGCGUCAAGGUCAUCCCCAACGAAGGUAUGCCCGCAUACCGUCACCACCACCACGGACACAUGUUUGUCAAGUUCUCAGUCGAGUUCCCCCAGCCCAACUGGGCCACUCCCGAAGUCAUCGCCAAGCUCGAUACCAUCCUUCCUUCCCGCCCUCAGAUGCCCAACUUUGGCGACAAGCAUGUAGAUGAAGUUGUCCUCGCUGAUGCAGAGGCUUACCAGACCCAGAACACACAGAGAGGUUAUGAAGACGAAGACGAAGACCAGAGAGGUGGCCCUGGUGUCCAGUGCGCUCAGCAGUAAAGAAGAAGAAAAACUAAAAUAUAUAUAUAUAUAAAAUAAAGAAGUAGCAGCAUCCCCCUCACCCUCCAAAGAAAGAAAGAAUGAAAGAAACAAAGAAAGAGACAAAGAAAUAAAGAAAUAAAGGAAAGAAACAACUCCCAAAAAGAAAUAAUAAAGAUGCCAAAAAUCAGAAAGGCAGACCAAAAAAAAAA